AUGCCGCCAUCAAAAGAUGGUGAAGGCUUCUCUUCCACCUCCACCUCCAGCGCUGGCCCUGUGUACAACGACCUGGGAUGGAUGACCACCAACGCGCGCGGGUACACGAUCAAAGAGGAACCAUACGGGACCAAGCGCAAGUUACGUGUCAUCCACAUCGGCGCCGGAGCCAGUGGUAUCACGUUCGCCAAGUUCCUGGAAGACCGACUCGAGAACGUUGAACUCCAGAUAUACGAGAAGAACGCAGACGUUGGGGGCACGUGGUUGGAAAAUCGAUAUCCUGGCUGCGCAUGCGACAUCCCGAGCGCAUCAUAUCAAUUCACGUGGGACCGCAACCCGUACUGGUCGCAGUACUAUUCCGAAUCACCGGAGAUAUGGGCGUAUUUCAAGUCCGUGGUCGACAGGCACGGGCUGAUGCGCUACGUCAAGCUGCAGCAUAGCGUCGUGGGCGCUUAUUGGAAGGCUGAGGAGAGCGUAUGGGAAGUCCACGUCCGUCGGCCUGAUGGGACAGAGAUCGUGGAUACGUGUAACGUGCUGGUCAAUGGUGGUGGAAUUUUGAAUAACUGGAAGUGGCCCGAGAUCAAGGGUCUGCACAUGUUUAAAGGCGUUCUGCAGCAUAGCGCGCGGUAUGAUCCAUCAACCGACCUGAACGGGAAGAGGGUCGCGGUGAUUGGGAUCGGGAGCAGUGGAAUCCAGAUCAUUUCGAAGAUCGCGAGCCAGGUGAAACAAUUAUAUGCGUGGGUUAAGUCGCCGACAUGGAUUACGGCCGGGUUUGCACAGAGAUUUGCAGGACCAAAUGGUGGCAAUUUUCAUUACACGCCGGAGCAGCAGAAGCGGUUUGCGGAGAAUCCGAAAUUGUUCUUGAAGUAUUCCAAGAUGAUUGAGUCCGAGUUGAAUCAAAGGUUCAAGUUCAUCUUAAACGGAACACCGGAGGCCGAGGGUGCGAGGGAGUUUGCGAAGAACGAGAUGGCGCAGAAACUCGGUAGCUCGAAUCCGGAACUACUGGAUGCUAUAAUACCCAAGAACUUUGGCGUUGGGUGUAGGAGGCCCACGCCCGGUAAUGGGUUCCUCGAGGCUCUUAGUCGGGACAAUGUCCACGUCUUUACGGAGACCAUGAGGGAGAUCACGCCCACUGGCUUCAUCGAUGCUGCGGGCAACGAGCAUGAAGUCGACGUGAUUAUCUGCGCAACCGGCUUCAACACGAGCUGGAUCCCCAGAUUCCCAGUCGAGGCGAACGGCCAUAGCAUUGCCAAAAUGUGGGCAAAGGAGCCCAGCUCAUAUAUCUCCCUCGGUGUCCCCCACAUGCCAAACUAUUUCAUGAUGGGCGGUCCGUAUGGGCCUCUUGGACAUGGAUCUUUCCUGCCCAUCCUCGAAACCUUGGCUGGGAACAUCAUCCAGUGCGUUCAGAAGAUGCAGAAAGACCGCAUCAAGAGUUUGACGCCAAAAGCCGAGAUUGCAGAACAAUUGAAAGAGCAUGCCGCACUGUUCUUGCAUCGUACUGCCUGGACUUCAGGGUGUAGUUCCUGGUUCAAGCAGGGAAGAGUCGACGGUCCGCUUCCGAUGUUCCCUGGCUCACGGCUCAUCUACAUGGACCUGUUAGCGACGCCCCGUUUUGAAGACUAUGAGAUCGAAUACUGCAACCCCUUGAAUAUGUUUGAAUUCCUGGGGAAUGGGUUUGCUACGCGAGAGUUCGAUGGGCGAGAUCUUUCAUAUUACCUCGGUCUCCUGGAUGGGGAUGACCAUCAGAUCGACCUCGAGGGAGAUCUUCAUGGUGAGCUGUCAGAUUUGGUUCAUAGUUGA